AUGGCUUCCGGCUCCAUAUUCACUUUCGACACCGACCCCCAACGGGUCUCCUCUCCCUGGCUGGCCCCCGAUGACCCAGGAAAAAAGCCUAGGUCCGACGAUGGACAGGUCCAGCCCGGACACCUCUCGGACUAUGGCGUGACCAAGUUGGAAGCCGAACCACAAGAGGGCCCUACAGAAUACAAGCUCCAUCUCCUGCUACGGCCACGGCGUACUUACACGUCCAUGACCACCAUCACCUUUUCUCAAACCCCUAGGAACCCGGCCACCCGCUCCUCUAGGAUCGCUUCGGCGGCUCUAUCGGCUUCGAGCCAGAGCCGACAAGUCCGCCUACAGCAAUUGACGACCCAGUUGCUUUGGAGACUUCAGCAAUCGUGCGCCUAUCAUGCUCUGAACCCCAAAGAUCUCAUUAUCCCCAAGCUUCCCGAUGAUGCGGACGACUUGAGCCAGGCCAUGACACCGCAGAAACCUCUUCCCGGUCUAGAGGAAUCUCGCGGAGCUCUAUACGAGAUUGGCGUAGCCGACGACGGUACUCUCGUAGGGUUGACCAAGGACGAGAUGGAUGAGAGUAUCACAACCCUCAGGGUUAUGGCCGCUACCUUGGGCUGCCGGGUCGAGAUUCUACGCCAUGUCAUAGUAGGCGAAUGCGAAUGGUUGGAGACGUCCGAGUUGGUCGACAACGAGGCGACCCAACCUGUCCAGGUUGUACGACAGGGAAGACUUUGGGUCGUAGAAGCAUUGGUUACUCCCGACUACUCGACGCAGCGUGCUCUGCCAGAACCCUCGGAAGACGGCCGCCGCGAAACUAAGCCAUCUCUAAGGGCCAAGGAACCCAUUGUGCUUCCAAGCAGAGGGCGUUCCACGACCGAUCAGUUGAGAAUAACUCUCACCGGACCAACAACAUCGGGAAAAUCCACUCUGCUGGGGACAUUAUCCACGGGGACUGUUGACAACGGACGCGGGAAAAGUCGUAUCAGUCUAUUCAAACAUCGGCACGAGGUGGCUUCGGGGCUCACCAGCUCCGUAGCACAGGAAAUUAUUGGAUACAAGAACCAUGAUGUCUUCAAUUACUCGCGGGACCACGUUGAGUCGUGGAUCGAUAUCCACGACAGUGCCGAGGAUGGCCGCCUUGUCUUCGUCUCUGAUUCGGCCGGCCAUCCCCGCUAUCGCCGAACCAUCCUUCGUGGCCUUUUCGGCUGGGCCCCUCAAUGGACGGUUCUUUGCAUUGCCGCAGACGAUGCAGACGCAAGCUCGACCAAAGACGGAGCUAGUUCCUCGGCCAACGAAGUCCUCGGAGUUGCGGGUGCUGGGGUUGAUCUAGCAAAAGCACAUCUGGAGUUGUGUCUGAAGCUGAAGACCCCUUUGGUUGUUGUUAUCACCAAGAUGGAUCUGGCGACCAAAACAAGCCUGCAGCGGACUCUUGGCCAACUGUUAACACAUAUCAAGGAGGCGGGCCGGGUCCCCAGGAUUCUUCAGCCAGCUUUGUAUGGGGCCCAAGAAUGGACCAGCAUCCACUCAGCCGACCUCGAUAAAGUUGAGCCCAUCAUGGCAGAGAUGGACCGGGAUGGAGACCUGCUCAAAACGGUUCCCAUCAUCCUUACCAGUGCUGUCAGUGGUGCCGGUGUUGGUCUGGCCCAUGCCCUCUUGGAGAACCUACCCCUUCCACCGGCACCCACCGCACAAGACUACAUUGGAAUGGCACUCAACCCGGAACAGCCUUCGUGUCUCUUUCACGUUGAUGACACCUUUAGUCUCCCGGCUUCCUACGCUUCCCUCGCUGAGAAUCCAAACCAGAACGACAUGGGAACCGUCGUGUCGGGUUACUUGCGGUUCGGCCAGCUCUCAGUUGGAGACACAAUCGUCGUUGGACCUUUCCCCUCGGGUGAUGACGAUUUCAAAGGCAUGACUCCGGAAGACCGGGCCUCUCCUGGAAAUUACGGGCUGUCAAUAUCCCAUCCCGCGUCGGCGGAGCUGGCCAAAAUUGCGAUACGCAACACAGUCGCAGCCUCAACCAUCAAAGGAGAGUGGCACAAGGCGAAAAUUGUCAGCAUACGCAACCUGCGCUUACCCGUUAACACUCUCGAAGCGGGCCAAGUCGGCACCAUCGGCAUUAUACUGGACAUCCCUCCGGAAGAUUCAUCCGAAGGAGCUCUCGAGUCGUCGGUGGCUUCUCCUAGGAUCCGAAAGGGUAUGGUUCUGGCCAUCCCAUCCAAACAUAUGGUGGACACAGGCAUGUCUCUUCAGGCAGCCAGUGGGUUAACCGUGUCUUUCAAAGACCCGAACACGGCGUCUCUAACGUGUGGUUCCCUUGUCAACGUCUACGUCGGAAGUGUUCGUGCAGCCGCUAAAGUCAAGGGGGUCACUAGGUUGCCUACCAGGGAUGAAUCGAGAGGCCCGAGUGCGGACGAGAGUGAAGAAAUCUUCGAUCUGACCGAGCACGAUGAACACGCCUCCACUUUCGAGCCAGAGUUCUCCGGUGUCCAGGUAACGUUGGAGCUGUUGACUAGUAGGGAAUGGGUGGAAAUGGGGUCGCAAAUCCUGAUGCUCGAGGGUGGCCGCAAUGAUAGAUCUGGCUUGGAGGGAUUUAUUGGCACUGUUGUAGAAAUUGUUGAUUGA